AAAGUGUGAGAGGGCAGCAGAGAACAGGCGCAGAGCAGAGGAGGUGUAAGUGCAGAAAGAGGACAGCUGACUAAACGCAGGGUAUGUCUGGAUUAAUAUUUAGCCUGAGGACGAGCAGCUCAUGGCCCUGCAGCCGUGUGACCCGGCUGAGCAGCCUGAGGCUCUCCAGGAACAGCUCGUCCAAAAUGUCGUCAGACUCCCACUGGCUCUCCCCUGCAGACCGGGACCAGCUGGUGAUGGAGCUCCGAGCUGCAGGCUGGAUGGAGGUGGAGGACCGCGAUGCCAUCUUCAAAGAGCUUCACUUUAAAACCUUUAAUCAGGCAUUUGGCUUCAUGUCCCGGGUGGCUCUGCAGGCUGAGAAGAUGAACCAUCACCCCGAAUGGUUCAAUGUUUAUAAUAAGGUUCAGAUUACACUGACUACACAUGACUGUGGAGGGCUGUCAAAGCGGGACAUCAAAAUGGCAAAGUUUAUUGACAAAGUUGCACUUUCCAUGUAAUGUUUUUGUCUUUAGUUUAAAAGUUGAAUUCUGCUCCCUCACAGCUUUUCUACUUCCAGCCCUGUUCUUCUGCAAAUAGUUAUUCCUCAUGCAACAAAUGCAUUUUGUCUCCCACAUGCCUGCAUUUUUGAAAUAAAAUCUGUGAAAAUACAAAUUAUUUUGUUUACAGCAUAUUUUCUACAAACUUUCUGUGAAGAAUAAAGCUUUUGUGAAACCU